GUUCUGUUGGCUGGUAAAUGCAACGCGUUGGGACUGUCGAAACAAACUGCAUCCAGGAUUGGUUCGUACCGUUGGGGUUGGAGGUGCCCAGCAUGAUGAUUGCAAGUGAUUAGCCACUCUUCCUGCAGGAGGCCCACAGCUCAACACCCACUUGUAAGCUUGCUUUUGUGUGCCCGCAGCACAGACACAUCAGUGGAAGCAGAUGGGAUGGAGUAACGCAGCAGACAAGAGUGAAAGGGAGUAGGAUAAACCCCCCGGGUCCUUCUGUAAAUUUAACAGAGUCUUUCGCAGCAAGCCAGCCCGUUUCAUAUUUCGUCCGUCUUGCAAGUUACCACAGCCAUGGCCGACGAGGUCUUCCACACAAUCGACCCCAACGGAGACGUGUUGCUCAUCCUCCGCAGCCCAAACGCGCCGUUUGCGGUUUGGAAUGUAGACAAGGGAACCGAAUCUCUUGCGCCAAAGCGGAUAGGCUGGGAACAGGCUGUCUUAGAGUCCUUCGACCCUCCACCGCCGACGGAUGAUCUAGACGGAUCGGAUUUUGCAACCCACAGCAUCUCGACGAAGAAAAUGAAGAAGGGGAAGAAGAAGAAGAAGAAGGGUGGUGACUCAUCGCUCAGCGCCACCAUGGUAUCGGGCUCGACCUCAACGGAUGCCCUGUCCUGGUCCCGGAAUGAGCCGCAACAGCUAUCAGAAGCUGAACCGCCCGCAACGCCAUCCACAGGCCCGCCCGCAGAGCCAGAGGAAGAGCCCGCAGAGUCAGGAAAAGAGACCGAGAUCAAAUAUCUCGUCUCGUCGCGGCAUCUCACGCUGGCAUCAACCAAAUUUGAAGCCGAGUUUAAAGGUCCUUGGAUGGAAGGCUCCGUGAAAAACAUCGACGGCUAUUACCCCAUCAACGCGUCGGACUGGGACCCUGAUGCACUUCUAAUAUUGAUGCGCGUCUUUCACGGGCAAACGAGAAGUGUUCCACGUCAAGUUGGUCUUGAGAUGCUGGCAAAGAUUGCUGUUCUUGUCGAUUAUUACGACUCUCCCGAGGUUGUUGAAGUUUUUGCAAGCAUCUGGAUCGGUGCGCUCAAGAACAAGCUUCCCACCCAAUACGGCCGAGACAUGGUCCUGUGGCUCCUCAUUUCACACGUUUUUCAACAAGACGACGUCUUCUCCCUAAUGACCAAGAUAGCGGUCAUCCAAAGCACGGAGCCGGUGCCCACCUUGGAGCUUCCGAUUCCGUCGAUCGUAACUGACCUGAUCGACUGGCAGAGACAAGAAGCAGUCGAUUUCAUAUUCAAGACUCUUCAGACUCUCUUGGAGGCUUUCCGUAAGGGGUCGUCUGGAUGCAGCUUUGAAUGUUCCAGCAUGCUCCUCGGGGCCUUAACCAAAGAAAUGGAUAGGCACAAGCUGUUGAAUCCAGUCCCGAAGGAGCCAUACACAGGGUACUCUAUUCUCGACACCAACAAGAUAGUGAAUAGUUUCCACUGCCCUCAUUGGAAUCACCGCAGAGAUUCCUACUAUAUGGAUUAUCCAGAUAAUCCGGAUUCAUGUAAUCUCAAGAUAAUCAUAUCGACUCUCUUGAAAACUCAACCCAAUGCGGCUAUGGAAGGAUUCAAGCACUCGGAGAUCCAGACGCUGACUCAGAAACGAAGCCCCAAGAUCGAAGACAAGAAGGAUAAUGUUUAGGUUGGGACAUGGACUGCCACAUUCCCACUUGAUUGUCGAGUAUAUCGAUAGCGGAAUUUACUUUUUAGGCCUGUGUGAUCUUGAUGAACAGAGAUGGUGACUUCGUUUUUCUUGCGGGGUAAGUUGGGCGACAGGAUGUCCGAAGCACAGUUUGUCAAAAGGCCACCGGACCAUUCGUGUGUAAACCCUCUUUCACUGGAAAGUUGCCACAAUCUUCUCUCUGACCUCUCUAGCCUGCAGCGAGUGGCCCGGCUGUCGGGUCCUGUGAUACCUGCGAAAGAUCAAUCCCGAUGUGGAGUGCAGCGUCGCCGCCGCCAUCAUCUGCGGAUAGUGAGGGUGAUGAUAGUGAUGUGAAUCGCACUCUGGAUAGACGCACAUGUCCUUCAGCUUCAUGUAGGUUAGUUGGUUGAGCAGUCGCUGUGUGGUAGGCCUCUCUCUGCCUGCUGCAACGCGCCCUGUGCGUCUUGGUUAGCCGCCAUCAAUGGUCUUGAGCAAAUUGCUGAGGAUAAGAGAGGAAGUGCAGAGGGGCUACGGGUUAAUUUAGAUACUUGCACCUGCCUGCGCAAGAUUCACAUGGGUGUUGCAGCAUGAUG